ACUGCUUUGUUGUUCGGUUUACCAUUGCUCCUCCGCGGAUGGAGUCAACCACACAUGGGACAAACGAUGGGCCGUCACAAUCCUGACCGGCGCAUCCACUAUGCUCAGCGGCCAGCCUAGGCCGCGGGUAUAGCAGGAGUCGAUAUGAGGUCCGCAUACAUCCAUCCGCUGCUACGAGCCGACGAAGAUGCCUCGAAAACACAUAAAAGGGACGGGUUUUCGCCAUUGUUCGCCAUUACUUUCGUCUUCGCAUCAGCAUCCGCACACUCAGUUACAGAGUUGCAUAUACUUCACGAUGCUUGUUGUACUUCCUGACUUCACUGGCAUAACCCUCGACGCUGGUCGUCUCGAGCUGCUCCAAUCCGUGGGCGCUGGCGCCUACGGCGAGGUGUACCUCGCCAUUGAUCAUGAAGCCUCGGCCUCCUCCCUGGUCCCUGUCCGGCGUGCGGUCAAGAUCGUGCCGAAGGCUGGUCCUUCGAAGCGCGACACGCAGCGCCAGCGACGGGAGAUCACGAUCCAACGACUCGUCUCGGACGUGCCCGGCGUCCUCGAGUUGCUCGAUGUCAUCGAAGACGACGCGUACUUCUACCUCGUGUCGGACUAUCGCGACUGCGAUUUGUUCGGCCUCAUUGUCGAGGGCGUCCCUUUCGAGAGCAACGACGAGCGGAUCCGGUCGGUCUUCGUGCAGAUUCUGGAUGCGGUACACGGGUGUCACCAAAAAAGGGUGUAUCACUGUGACCUUAAGCCAGAAAACAUCCUCUGCACGGCCGACGGGAAGGAGAUCGUUCUGGCCGACUUCGGGAUGGCGACGCCUCUGGCGCGAAGCUACUCCCGCGGCCGUGGUACGGGCUCCUAUAUGAGUCCUGAGUGUCUUGAUUCCGCUACUGGGCCGUACUCCACCAAACAUGCGGAUAUCUGGGCAUUGGGGAGGAUCCUCAUCGACCUCAUCACGGGCUGUAGCCACCCCUGGUCAGAGGCCUCGCUCGACGAUCCCGACUUCAGGGAGUUCCUCGAGGAUGAGCAGUACCUCGAGAACGAGUUCGGCAUCUCGAGCGGAGCCGCGGACCUCCUGAAGCGGAUAUUCAGGCUGAACCCCAUUGCGCGCCCCAGCCUUGCGCAGAUACGCAACAACGUCCUCCGCCUUGACACGUUCUUUGCCGUGUCCGAGUGGGACGACGAAGACGACGAGUCAUUCCACUCCACCUCCACGCCUGAGGACAGCAUCGCCGUUGUCGGUACCCCCGGCAACGACACCGCGAUUGCUCCUGGCUUCGUCGUUUCCAAAAAGUACGCUGGACCCCUCCUGCUGCCAGCACUGGCAAGGGAGGCCUCUGACGAUGAAUUCGCGCUCGGCUUCCAUGACGGGCUGGAGAUGCUUAUAUGAGAGCAACUCCCCUAGUCAUGCGAACACGAAAAAUAGGGCGCGACGUUGCCGCCGCCUACCGUCAGCUGGACAGUCGCGGGUCGACAAAGUCACAAAAGAGAGAGAGGAGGAGGGCGCUUAUUCACGGUACAUAGUGCCAAUGGACAUUACGGACAUAUGCCUUGGAC